CAGCUGUCUGCUAGUGAAUGUUAAGGUUUAUGUUAGUAUAAAAGGCAAGAGCUGGCAGCAGGUUGUUAACAGUCCAACUCGAGUGGUCAUCUUUUAAAGUCAACCGUUCAACCAACUUAACUUAAGCAUCCAACUAAGCGACAAUAUGAAGAUCUUUGUGACUCUUUCGCUGACACUGGCCGCACUGGCAUCCGCUGAUAUUUCGCUCCGCAAUGGUUAUAAUUACAAUGUGCAACAACAACCGCUGUUUAACGAUCAGCAACAGCCAUUGCUUGCACAGCUACUCAACUCACUACCCCAACAGCAGCAGCAGCCACAACAUCUACCUGGUAGCAUUAACAAUCCAAUGCAAAUUACACAACCCAGUCAACAAUAUCUGCCACAACAGCGACGACCCUUGCCACCACAACAACCUUUGCAGUCACUACCACUACAACAACCCUUGCAGUCACUACCACCACAACAACAACUCGUACGUUUACCACAAAACUCUGCAGUAUUGCCACCACAAGGAUUGCCAAUGCCAUCUAACUUCCCCUCACAAGCAAACUUUCAGGUGCCAAUUGCACCAGUGAGCGCUAUCAAGCAAUCACGUCGCUUGCGUCAACGUGUUAAGGUGCCAAAGAAGGCUAUAGUCACUAAGAAUUUCUUCAUACACUCCGCACCCGAAGAGAAUGAGGAAGAGAUUCAAGAUGAAAUCAAUCAAUUGGCCGCGCAACCACGCAAACAUUACAAUGUGUUGUUCGUGAAGACACCUGCACAAACUAGCAAGGCUGCUGCUGUCAACUUGGCCAAGGCGCUGAAGGAGGAGAAGACUGUUGUCUAUGUGUUGUCGAAGAAGACUUCUGCCGCUGACUUGCAGGAUGCCAUACAAGAGGCACCACAACACAUCAACAAACCCGAAGUGUUCUUCAUUAAAUACCGUACACCUGAGGAGGCAGCCAAUGCACAACGUCAAAUUCAAUCGCAAUACGACAGUUUGGGCGGUACUUCCACCAUUACCGAUGAGGGUUUGGCGCCAGUCACUUCGGUUGUGGGCUCACUUGAUGCACCCGAGGAGGAGGAUAUCGAAGACGAACAACAGUUGGUACAACAACAGCAGGCCGGUCAAGAUGGUCAAUACGAAGAUCAAUUCCAGAAUACCAUCAAUGGCCCAAACAACGGUCAGUACUUGCCACCACUGAAUCAGUACUAAAGAUCUUCAUUUUGCCACAAUGAAUGCUUCAUGUUUUAGUUGUUAUGAAUUUAUGUGAGUGUUUAAGAUAUCAUUACAUAACUUUCGUUUGUUAAACUAGUUUUAAGUUUGUAGAAAAUUAAGUUCCCCUUUUGCAAAUAAAAGAUACCCUUCCUAUUGAAAAAAU